CUCAGCCUCCGCCGCCGCCGCCUUCCCAGCGCAGAGAGGCGGAGAGGCGCGAGCGAGCGGCCGGGACCCGCCAAGAUGGUGAGGAGGCCGGAGGGGAGAGCAGGAGGCGGCGGGCGGGCAAGUUCCCCCUCGCCCUCCGGCGGCGCCCACUCAGCUUCUCUUCUCUCUUCUCUCUUUCCCUCAGUUGCCGCAGCUGUGCCGGAGCCUCGCCGUGGCCGCCCUCCUGGCCGGGACAGUCCUGGGGGAGGUAGGAGAUGCCGGGCGGGAGGGAGGCAGGGAGGCAGGGAGGGAGGGAGAGGCGGCCUUCCCGGCGCCCCGAGCCCCGUCUCGGGCCGGGAGAACUCGGCGGGCCGGGGGGGAAGGAGGGCCGGGAUGCCGAGGCCGCUUUCGGGGAACAAAAGCGGGCGGGAGCAGCUCGGGGCCGCCCUCGGGAGGGGCUUUUCCAGCAAGAAAGAACUUUUCCUUGGCAAAAGAGAGUUUAUCCCGGGGCCCCUCGGCUCUCAAACUUCCUCCGUCCUGGAAGUCCGUUCAGAAACCAAAGCGGUCCAAAUGCAAGGCGCGCUUUCCCAUAGAAAGGAAUGCAAAACGGACGGAUCCGGUCCAGACUCGGGAAAACAACCCCUCAAACAGCAGUUGAGCGUGAAUGCUGCUAUCUGAGGAGAGCGCGGAUCCAUAAAAUGAAAGCAAGAAAGGAUGUCCUUGCAGGCACGCAGUCAGUCCAUCAGGAGCCGAACUGGGUUCCACACAGUCACGAAAAGAGAGCUGCAGCGAGGAAAACGUGAAAUAAAUAACAAAAACAGACAGACCUCAGUGUAACACUCAAAAUGUAAGCAUAACGCUCAAAACGGAGCACGUUCGGCUUCUGAAAAAAGUUUGCAAACCGGAACAUUUCCUUCCGGCUUUGCAGUGUUUGGGUUCCAAGUUGUUUGAGUCCCAAGGGUAUUCAAACUUGAGAACCAGGGUACCACUGUAGUUCUGCUUCCAUGUGAAAGAGAAGAUGGGUUUCCUUUCUUUUAAGAAACAGCUUUUCUUCUUUCCUUUGGGGGGAAGCCAUCCUCCGCUUCACGGUGAGGUCCCUUAAGGAGACCUCGUGAGCGAAAUGAGGUCUCAAAGGUCUCCUCAUAAAGCCCUGGCGGUGCCACCACCUCCCUUCUUUUAAAAAAAAUUUUUUGGAAGCCCUGCUAGAGGAUCAUCUGCUUCUCCACAAGUAUUUUCGCUGGGACUCUUCUCUCUUUCAAAAGCCAAACGUUUUGUUUGACCAGGAAUGAAGGAAUGGUGUCUGAAUCCCCAGAGUUGCAGCCUCCCUGAAAAUGAGGUCAGAAGCAAAAUAUUUGAUGAUUACGGCUGGGAAAUGUGGAAGUGAUUUAAAGAAAAUAAACUCAAGCUGCUGUGGGCUAGCGGGCAAAAAGGACAGAAUAUGCAUUAUGGAGGUCGGAGUUCCCUAGUGGGCUGCCCGCUGCCCUUUUUUUAUAGAUUAACUGCAGAUGGUGAAUUCAGAUUUGGACCGGUAACAAAACAUAAAUAAAGGCUUUGGGUAAAAGGUACCGAAAUAUGGCUCCCCAGUUCUAAGCGAUGAUAUGUUCAAGGGCACUGCUACCAAGUUUAGUUUCCUUUGGAUAAGAGAAAGCUGGGUACUUAGCUUGUCAUUGUAAUCUUUGUCCUGUUCCCCCCUGCAAAACAACAACAACAUGCAAAAUUAUUUAAGUGGAGGCAAAAAGGGGCUUUUACUGCAGGGCAAUGUAUCCCCAAGGAUGACCCCUAUUGCAGCCUUUCUUCAACUUCCACUUCCACUCCCCUACCCCCAUAUUCUACCCCACUCUCAAGUAAAAGCUUCUCCGAGUGCCUGGCUGAAUUCCAGCUCCCAUUAUCCUGGUCACGCUGAUGGGAGCCGGAGUCCAGUAACACCUGGACGGCUGCAGGUUCCCCAUCCCUGAGCCAAAAGUCAAAGGCAAAUAAAAAAGUUUUCACUUGUCACUAGGAAAACUUCAGGCUGGGCACCUGGCAAGGCUCCCUGAUGAGAGAACCUAAAUUGUCUCCAAAGGGUGUGUUUUAAUGUUAAUGACAGCUUUUGCAGGAUGCUACUGCUGUGCCAUCACAGGGAGUAGGAAUGAGCCCUGAGUAAGCAUAGGAUUCCUCCCGAGCUUUGUUCCUUGUUCACCAUGCCUCCACCUCUGCCGACUUUUUGUCCUAUGUGCUGCCAGUGCUCCACUGGCGUAGGAGUAGAGUCUUCUGCCAAUGGAAGAGGGCUGGAAUGCCGGUGUUAAUUUCCCCCCAUGCGCAGUGCUUGAGUUCACCAUGUGCAGAGGACUCGGGAGUGAUACUGAUCAGGAGGUGUAACUUGAGAAUAAGAUCGUUCUCUCUGCAAAUGUUGGGAUUCCUUAGCGCACUCUUAAGUGUGUCUUGCUGGAGGGAGUUUUUCUUGGCCACACUCUCAGAUUAAUCCAGCAGUCUGGUCUGCUCCACUGAUCACCACAAGCUCCCAAAUUGGGGAAAUUGUAACACAGAAAUUCCUCUAAUGUCUUUGAAAGCAAGCAGCUUUUUCACCACUUGGUUUGAGCUGCUUUUGUGCAAAACCUUUCCAGUAUGUAGCCGAGAAAGAAUGUGCUACAUAUUGUGACCUCUUUGGCUGCAAUUUGGCAGAAAGGUGCUUAGGAGUCUGGAAAAUGUGACAGGUUGUGAGAACUCUUGGCUGUUCCUGAACAGCUCUGGAUGCUGUUGUUGGCAAGGAUGGUAAUGGCAAGGUGAACAAGAGCGCCUUUGAUCAGUAAAUUCCUUUAUUUACAUAAGAAAAAGGUUUGUAACCAGAAACCAUAUAAUCUUCCUGCCAAAGUAACAGUACAUCAGUUUUUCAUCACAUUCGUAAAAUGGUCAAGACCAGGCUCUGGACCUGUCUUACUGAGUGCAGCUGUGUCUGCCUGUUCAUGCCUUUGCUAAAAUGGAAUUGUUUAAUCUGCUCUUAAACAGGAGGUAGCUUUUCUUGUAAAGGAAAAGCUCAUGCCACCUUUGUUGGUAUUCACUCCCUGGAGCCUUGAGUAGGCAAGCAAACAUUGAUCCGUGGCUUCAAUGCAUGGUGUCUGGACCUGGGUGAACAGUGACUGUUUCGGGAAAAGGGUUUGGGAGAAAGAGAGUGGUGCUCUUCAAAUGUUCUUGCUUCAACCUCCCUCCUGCUGUGAUGGAGGCAAUACGUCCCCUGGCCCUGUAGGGAGUUGCAGUGGGACUCUGUGGGUGCAGUGACUGUUCUGUUCUGUGUGGCCAGGCUGUGAUGCAGCAAGGGAGAAAGUCCUCCUGAAGGCUUGGCUUUCACAUCCGUUGUUGGAAGGGGGGGCCUGGCACUCACCAGCAGAGAGCUUUCCAGCUGACCCUUACGUCUCCGAUGUGGAAGAAGCUGAUCCCAGCUGCUAAGGGGAGGGAGUAUUGCUCCACCAGUACAGUUUGGUCCAGACAAAGUUCUCACGUGUAUCAGAGAGUUGGUGGAGGGAGAGAGCUCUGCAGUAGUUAAACUUUGCAAUUUCACAUCCUCUUGGAAUAAGGAGACAGUUACGAAUGCCCUUAUCCUGUUGACCAGUCCCCCUGGCAGCUUUUAGAAUCGCUCACAGCAAGGAGGUCUCUCCCCUCCAAGGAUCCUGUCUGUCCAUUUCCCUGGGCUGUGCAAAUAACCACCCAAAGUGGGGGGCGUGAGCAUUAGAAGGGCAGAACAGGAAAAAAACUAUCUAAAUAAAUAAAUGAAAUCAGAUAAGCAGGAGCCAAAGUUAUGUCAACUAACUGACCUCUGUGUCGGCAUGCAACUGGGGAAAUUCAUCUGUAAAGUGUUGUGCAAAUUGGUCACAAAAGGCUACUGAGUGGACCAAGAUGUAGCAGGACUUUUGGCUGCUUGAAAAAGCUCCAUUGGGCAACUCUGUGCAAAUGCAACAGUGGCAGAGAAGUGCUAUUUCUUCACAGCCAUCACUCCUACAGAGCUCAAACUCAUUCCAGGUCAAAAAACAUCGCCCCGCUUGUUUCAUCAGGCACACAUCAGUCAGGAGGUACUUGUAGUGAACAACUGAUGAAGGGACAAGGCUGCCAUCUAGCUGUUUUUCCAAAUCAGUUCUCAGACUCCUCCCACAUCCUUCGAUGAUGCUCCACUGCCAUCUUUUGGAGCCUGAGUAUCCUGGUCCACCAGACCAAAGCAGAGCAGGUAUACUGAAGGACGACAUCAAAAAUGCCAGAGUGAUCAGUUCUAGCGCUUUUUAAAAAAAAGAAAAUGUAAGCUUGCAGCAUAGACUGCACAGUCCCAUUGCCUUUACAGGUGCAGGACGGACACUGCAACUAUGAGAGGUUGCCGUGACUAGUCUGCGCCCAAGCAAACGUUUUUACAUUCUUUGUACACAAAGCAGCAUAUGCCACUUUGGGCAGGACUUUGCAUCACUUGACCUGAUGAGGGCAUAGGUGGCAAAUACCCAGAUCUUCUAGAUAGUCCCCCUUUCUGGGCUCAGAGCCCAGCACCCCAAGCCCACAGAUAAGGUUAAAGCAAGCCAGUUAGCUUAUAUCAAAGCAAGUGAAUACAAACAUAUAUUCAUAAACAUUAACAUUCCUGCAUUGCAGCGGGCUGGACUAGAUGACUCUAGGGAUCCCUUCCAACUCUACAGUUCUAUGAUUUUAUAUAGGAGCUCAUCAUUACAGCAACUAUCAAUUAAUUGUGGGGCUAUCUUGAUUACCAAGAUGCAGAGCUUCUGGAGCAGUUCACUCUGGGUUCAACACACUGAGUGAAUCUGUAAGUGCCUUAACUUCUCCAAAGUGUGUUAGCAACACACCUUGAAUGUGUGUGUGAGAGGGAGUUGUGUGCACAUGCAGGAAUGUGGCUUCCUGUGCAUGGAGAUGUUCUGCUUUAGUUGCCUCCCUGAUCUGUUUUUUUUUUUUAUUUCAGGGUCAUUGUCACUGUUUUGGUCAGAGGGCCAAUAGUGUGGCCCUAGUAGUGCUAUUUUGAUUUUUGACCUGGAAUUUUGAUCAGUGCUGUGAAUAAAUUUAGUUUUAAAGAUGGUCUUAGGAAGAAAUCAUAACCACAUUUACUUGAGAGAGAGCCCCACUGAACACAGUGGAACAUACACCUGAGUAAGCAUACUUAGGCAUGCAUUGUGUUGCAUGGACUCGAUGGCCCUUGUGGUCUCUUCCAACUCUAUGAUUCUAUGAUUCUAUGACACACACCUGCCAUUAGCAGUUGUGUGUUUGCUGGUUGAAGUGGUAGAUGUCGAACACAUGUGAGGUGAGGCUGGAUUGCUGGUCUGCUCCUAGCUGGCAUUAAAUAAUAUAAGGUCUGAUCCUGAAGAGCCAGACUAAGAUGGUACAGGUUCUAUGAAGCUCACUGCUGUCUGUCAGGGUUGCAGUGAUUAUAAAAUGGAGGAGAAGCCACGUAAGCUGCCUUGAGCUCCUUGGAGGAAAGGUAGAAUAUAAAUGUAAAGAAUAAGGUGGUUUGGGACCAGUUUUCUGGGAAGGCUUCAGAAGAACUGAACUGCAAAACGGCUGGUGAGGAGGGAAGAAAAACCCUUCUGCAGAGUGACCUAAGCCUAGGUCAGGUCCUGGCCUGCUGCCUGAUCUUCACUUCUGUUUCGAGAGUUCUUGUAUCAGGCUGGAGCUUUUGAGAAUAUUAAGAAUAUGCAGAUUCAGUGUUCUUAUGUGACCUUUUACAUAAACAAUUCGAUGCCUUCAGAUUGUUCCAAGAGUGGGGUUUUUUUAAAAAAAUAGUCUAGGCAUUUAGCAUUAGGUCCUCCUUAAAAUGUUCUCUGAUUUCCUAAGUUUAGCACAUGGAAUGGGUUUUAUUUUUUAAGUUUGUAGCAUUUUAAUAUUUUAGUAGAGGCACUGCAAGGGGAGGAAGCUUCCAGCAUUUGAUUUUCCAUUGUCUUUGUUGCAUUCAUGUGGUUUCAACUGUUUGGUGCUAGAAAAGUUUCAAAAGCUGCUAAGAGAGGACUAAAAACAUUGCUGUGACUUUCCUUGUACAUAUUUGCAAUAUUGCCUUUUAAAGGGCAUUCCAAUCUUCUGACAGGGCAGGGGAGCUGCAUGUUCUGCUGUUCUGGGUUUGUGCAGCCAGAUCCUUUGGGAGGUUCUUGCUCCUUUGAAACAAUGGUCUCAGCCCCUGUGACCAUGUAACUCUGGAAUGCUCUGAUUGGCCAGCCUCCUGGAGACUUGAGGUCUGGCUGAAUAGGCAGCGACCUCGUUCCUCCUGGGGGUGUAUUUUGCAGUUGGUUUUUGUUAGAAAGUAUGAGAGCCAAGAAUGCAAGAUGUAAGAUGGGUGGAGUUUGCGCUUGGCUGGUCUCGGAAAGUGAAGCAGGGUGGGGAAACAUUUAUGACAAGCUGGGAAAACAUUGUCAGAGUUGGACAUUUUAAUACAGAAGCUUCGUGGGGUGCUUGAACUAAUAGACUCAAAGCUGUUAUUUCCCCUUUGCUCAGACUGUUGUGAAGGGGGUUGGCAGUAAUGCCAGUCUCCUUGCACUCCAGGUCACAAUUGUUGUUGUUGUUUAAUCGUGUCCGACUCUUUGUGACCCCAUGGACCAGAGCACGCCAGGCACUCCUGUCUUCCACUGCCUCCCGCAGUUUGGUCAAACUCAUGCUGGUAGCUUCGAGAACACUGUCCAACCAUCUCGUCCUCUGUCGUCCCCUUCUCCUUGGGCCCUCCAUCUUUCCCAAGGUGGCCAAUGUCUUGGAGCCUCAGCUUCAGGAUCUGUCCUUCCAGUGAGCACUCAGGGCUGAUUUCCUUCAGAAUGGAGAGGUGUGAUCUUCUUGCAGUCCAUGGGACUCUCAAGAGUCUCCUCCAGCACCAGAAUUCAAAAGCAUCUAUUCUUCGGCGAUCAGCCUUCUUUAUGGUCACAAUAACACACACAUAACCACAGAUGCACAGACCUGGCCCUUCUGUUUUGAGAGAUGACUCUGAAUCAACAAUAAAUACUUCCCUGUCUAAUUUGAAAAACGCCCCUUGGUAGCCUUAAUAUUUUCUGUGGUUAUUCUAGUGCAUCUUGGCUUGUGAAAUUUUGCUUAGAGAGCAGAGGUUAACUUUUCUGUUUUCUCUGCUUCUCCGACCAACUUGUGCUAACGGGUGGGGAAGCUGUGGUUCUCCAGAUGUUGUGGGAUGGCAACUCCCAUUAGCCCCAGCCAGCAUGGCUGACAACAUCUGGAGGGCUGCUGCUUCCCCACCCCGACUAAUUGGCUUGUCAUGGCCCAUCCUCUCAAAGUGGACUUUUGCCAACAGGAGCUCACAGCCUAGUGCUUUAACUGCUGUGCUUCCCAGUGAAUAAGAAAGACACCCUUUGUUCAAUUUUAAUUUUGAGAAAGAUAUGUUAGGACAGCAGCAGAUCGGAUUGAUGGAAAAGCUGCAACAUUUAAAGAUGUGCAUGUAACCACGUAGUUUAGAAUCCAUUUUCUGGCAAAGGCACUGAGAAGGUGUCAAUAACUUUUUGAUUGACACCUGCCAGCUAAAGUCAACAAAUCACCCACAAAGGCUUGUUCAAUCUGCUAGUGAUCUGUGGCUCUUCUGAUAUUUCUGGAUCUUUUAAGAUCUGUGAGAAGGUUGCAGUUAUUGGUUGCUGUUUGUGGUUUUUACCUCUUAAAGUUUUUCUUUCAUUGUUGGCCACCCAUAACUUUUAUUAUUGGGCAGGAUAUCAAUGUACAGUAGUAGCUAAAUAAAAGACACAGUCUUUAUCUGAAGAAGGCUUCUCCCCCCCCCCAACAAACUAUUUUUUUCUUGUAUGCUUUGCAGGAAGAGCCGAUGAGCAAAUCUAAAAUCUGUGCUAAUGUGUUCUGUGGGGCUGGCCGGGAGUGUGCUGUGACAGAGAAGAGUGAGCCCACCUGUCUCUGCAUUGAGGUAAGCGAAGUCCUGGGACCGACCGCUGAGAUCAAAGGCUGAUGUCAUCCCAAAUGUGGAGAACCAGCACGCCUAGUGGUAGUGGCUGAUGUGUGCUCCCUCCUGCUUCCUCUGUGGUCCUAGGGAUUUUCUGCCCAGCCUUCUUGGUUUGUUGCAUGUACAGCAGUACCUCGGGUUACAUACACCUUGGGUUACAGACGCUUUAGGUUACGGACUCCGCUAACCCGGAAGUAGUACCUUGGGUUAAGAACUUUGCUUCAGGAUGAGAACAGAAAUCGUGUGGCCCCAUUAGCUGAAGUGGUGCUUCAGGUUAAGAACAGUUUCAGGUUAAGAAUGGACCUCCAGAACGAAUUAAGUUCUUAACCAGAGGUACCACUGUAUGCUUCUUUUUUGCAUCAAUGACUCAAAUCUUCUCUCAAGGUAAUUCUUUCAUUGUACAGUGGUACCUCAGGUUACAUACGCUUCAGGUUACAGACUCCGCUAACCCAGAAAUAGUGCUUCAGGAGGAGAACAGAAAUCAGGCUCCGGCGGUGCGGCAGCAGCGGAAGGCCCCAUUAGCUAAAGUGGUGCUUCAGGUUAAGAACGGACCUCCGGAACGAAUUAAGUUCUUAACCCGAGGUAUCACUGUAGCAACAUCACAUUUCCUGAGCACUUAACAGCACAUCCUAUUAUGGUGCUUCCCUCCAAAGCAUUUUGAUAUUCUGACUGGUAUGUGGAGUAUACUUAGCAAACCGUCAUAAGCACCUAUUUGAUGCAGCCUGUGACUGUGAUUAUCAUUAUUACUUGUUGUUUCACUAAUGUAGGUUUCCCUGAGGUGCAUUUGCCUACAGUAUAUAUUGCCCACAUUAUAGCAGGAAGCGAUAGAAGAAGAGGAGGGAGAAGAUGUAAAUAAGCCCAAAUAGAGGGAGACUAAUGCUUUCAGUUCAGUAAGUUACACGUAGUGGGGCUUAGUUUUCCAUAAAGGAUGAGAACUAAAGCAAUAAGCCACGGGUAGGCAACCUAAGACCCGGGGGCUGGAUCCGGCCCAAUCGCCUUCUCAAUCUGGCCCACGGACGGUCCGGGAAUCAGUGUGUUUUUACAUGAGUAGAAUGUGUGCUUUUAUUUAAAAUGCAUCUCUGGGUUAUUUGUGGGGCCUGUCUGGUGUUUUUACAUGAGUAGAAUGUGUGCUUUUAUUUAAAAAGCAUCUCUGGGUUAUUUGUGGGGCAUAGGAAUUUGUUCUUUUCCCCCCCAAAUAUAGUCCCCCCCCCCCGGUCUGAGGGACAGUGAACCGGCCCCCUGCUGAAAAAGUUUGCUGACCCCUGCAAUAAGCUAAAACAGGGAUAAUCAGUGCUUUUUUUCUUUAAAAAAAUGUUUAGGGGUACUCACAUUUUUAUUCAAGAAAAUCACCAUUUUAUAGUUCAAAUCAAGGAAAAUAAAUAUAGUAAAUGGACAAAAGUACAAAGAUUCACGAAAUGUUUAGGGGUAUGAGUACCCCUGCGUCCCCCCCCCCCCCAGAAAAAAGCACUGGGGAUGGCUAAAGGCUCUGUGGAAGAUUUGAGGAGGGAUUUGAAGAAUGAGAGGGCGGAUGUCUUCUAAUCAGGGAAGAAAAACAAGCGGCAACAGUGUAUGCAUAUGAUUUUAUCCUGUAUGUCACUUGCCCUAUGCAGGCCCUCCCUGAAUUAGUUUAAGAAUUCAUGAGCUUUGGGACAAACUCAGACUGUAAAGUUAAUCUCAUCAAAACCUAGACAUGUCUGGAUCCUUUGUUUCUGUUUGUUGAUGAAUUAUUUCUUUGUGCGUUGUAACCCUUGAUCCGACUACGUUUCCCCACUGUGGUGCCAAUCCAAACUGGACCCCACAUGUCUGCUAUUUGUAGUGGGUGGGGAAGUUCCCACUAUUCAGGAAGGAAAAUCCUGCACUCAGGGGCAAACUGUGAUUUAUGUAAGUUGUAGUUUGGCCUUCCCUCUCAAGCCCUCCUAAUUUAUAUUGCCUGUGUGAAACUGCUUAUCUUUAUGCCCCGUGUGUCUCCUUCCACCUUAGGGGGCCUAGUUAUAUUGGAUCUGUCAUUUUCUUUUUGUUGCUGCUGCAGAGAUGCAAGCCUCACAAAAGGCCAGUUUGUGGCAGCAACGGCAAGACAUACCUGAACCACUGUGAGCUGCAUCGUGAUGCUUGCCUCACUGGCUCCAAAAUUCAGGUGGACUAUGAUGGUCACUGCAAAGGUAAGUCAGAUCCUUGGGGCUGGGGUACCCCUGGAACAGCUACUACUCCAGUAAGUCCUGGGUUAGAGGACAUUCAAAUUCAAUCCAGCUUUGGGAAUUCUGGCACCAGAUAAACAUUUUGGUUUUUCAAAGGCACAUGACUUAAUGUGCCACAAAAUUCCCUGCCUGUUUCCACUGAAUAUUGCUGCUAAAGAGUGUGUUGGAUCCUGUAUACCUGAAGGUCCUGUAUACCUGAAGGAGUGUCUCCACCUCCAUCGUUCAGCCCGGACACUGAGAUCCAGCACCGAGGGCCUUCUGGUGGUUCCCUCGCUGUGAGAAGUGAGGUUACAGGGAACCAGGCAGAGGGCCUUCUCGGUGGUGGCGCCCACCCUGUGGAACACCCUCCCUUCAGAUGUGAAGGAAAUAAGCAGCUAUCCUAUCUUUAAAAGACAUCUGAAGGCAGCCCUGUUCAGGGAAGUUUUUAAUAUUUAACACUGUACUGUUUUUAACACUUGAUUGGGAGCCGCCCAGAGUGGCUGGGGAAACUCAGCCAGAUGGGCGGGGUAUAAAUAAUAAAUUAUUAUAAUAAUAUUGUUAUUAUUGGAUGGCCCCAGAAGUGAGGGCAACAAAGCAAGGAGCCGGUUGUCACUGUGACAUAAGACUUUUGACCCAGCCCAUUGCAGUGCAGCCCUGACUGUGGCGCACUACGGUGAAAAAACAUCGCUCUCUGGUCUUGUGAGACAGAAUAGUAACAAGGAAAUAGAGGAAGAUAUGGGAAGUAAUGUCAGUAGUAGGUGGAAUUUACAAUCUGCAGUCAGCCAUACCAGGGAUGAUUUCCCUGGAGCUUGGCUGAGUGUUUUGUGGCCGAACUCGGGUGAAAGUAGGAGCCCUAGAUGAACAGCUGUAUGUGCUACUGAGUCCUGCCACAUGAACGUUCCUUGCAAUACUGUAAGGGACAAGCUGUUCGUUUACAAUACUUAUAUUUCCACCUGACCUCCAGUGCAGCUGACAGUAAGUGGGAAAACAUCAUCAUCACCAUCAUGUUCCAGAAUCAAAAGUUGGGCAAUACUUAUUGGAGGGUCAACCAAAAUGUCAAGAAAAGGAUGUUAAACUUUCGAGUAGUUUCCUCAAGGGUUGCCAGUGCCGUGCCAUGUGAGCACCAUUGCACUUGAAAAUGCCUUUAUUGAUUCCUCUAGGCAAGACACCCAGACUCUGAACUAGGGCGGUGGGUGGGUGGGGGGAGCCCUAUUGCACACGGAGAAAUUAAUUGAAUUGAUGGGAUGGGUUAGUUGAAUACUGCCCCCCACCCCCAGCAUUGUCUGGGGGGAGAUAUGAGGUGUACUUCAGGAAAACCAUAGACCAUUACAGUACCUUCAACCUGAAGUUUUCUUAUUUCUUUCUGUAAAUAGAGAAGAAGCCUGAGAACUCCGCUGCAAGUCCAGGUAAAUAUGCCUUUGCCUGUGCUGUGCAGUCUGUGGGCUGUUCCUCAUGUUUGUUGUUGUUGUUGUUUAGUCAUUUAGUCGUGUCCGCCUCUUCGUGACCCCCUGGACCAGAGCACGCCAGGCCCUCCUGUCUUCCACUGCCUUCCGCAGUUUGGUCAAACUCAUGUUGGUAGCUUCAAGAACACUGUCCCACCAUCUCGUCCUCUGUUGUCCCCUUCUUCUUGUUCCUCAUGUUACAUUUGUUCAAUAUAGGUCAAAGGGAAAGUGUCCGAAUGCCCUUCAAGUGCAGAUCCUGUCUGGAAAAGUGUUUACAGGGGUUAAGCUACGUUCUAUGUCUUGAGCUGCAGUAUUUACUUCAUGUGCAAAAUUCAAGGAUAAGGGAAUUUGUGUCUCUCCCCCUCCCCCCAAUUUACCUUUUCUUUUCUGUUUUUAGUCUCAGUUCAGUUGUAGUUGGCUACUGUGCCUCACCAGGCUGGUAAUAAAAAACAACAACAGAAAUGUGCCAAGUAGAAUAUGAAAAAUGAAGCCUAGCUGGUUGACUGAGGAUCAGUGGAUAAUGGCAAAAGAGAUUUUGCCUUCUGUCUGCUCCUGAACUGUCACCUUUAAUAUUCUGGAUUGAAGAAAUAAAACAUAGAAUUUAUUUUGUUCAUCUUGCCCAUUAAAAAUAGCACUGUGCAUAAUCAGUGGUGGUUUCUCAUGUGCCUCAACAGCAGAGGAAAAUAAACAUGGCCUCUCACUCCAUAAGCUGGGAGUCUACUGAUUUCUGAUCCAUUUUCCACUUGAGAUGAAGAGACGUUGCAUUGCUUCUUGCCUGCCAUCUAGCUGUCUCCCCCACUUUCUGACAUUCCUGGUCCAACUCUCUCCUUUUCUUGUCGCUCAAUAGUUGUCUGUUACCAGACUGACCGGGACGAACUCCGGCGUCGUGUCAUCCAGUGGCUUGAGACUGAGAUCAUUCCUGACGGCUGGUUCUCUAAAGGCAACAACUACACUGAAAUCCUAGACAAGUACUUCAAGGUACAAAUGGCAGGAGAAGAAAAAUAGACAUGGUGAACUGAUGGAAGAGGUGGUUAGAGAUUUGCUUCAUAGUAUUAGUGUGAACUUUCCUGAAUCACUAAUUUGUUUGGCAAACUAGCUUGUGAAUAUUAUACAUUCUCACCACUGCCUUUAGCCUUCACUUGCUUUUCUAUAUUUACAAAAGAGAUGUGAUCAGAUUAUAGGCUUCUAUAAUAAACCCUGCAUUAGAUCUUCAAUCACGAUGGUAAAUGAAUGAGAAAUCGUCAAGUAAACACAUGGCUAAUUCAGAAGGCAAAACAGCUUCGUGAGAGUCACUAUUACCAUAUUAUAGAUUAUUCUGGCCUGUAUAUUCAUGUUGGAUAAACUGUUAUUUCUCAACAAAACAAUUAUGCCUGAUUUGCAGAUAAAUGUGCAAGACUUAGCUUAAUACUCUCAGACAACAGCGGGCCCUGGGGAGGGGGGGUUGGAACUGUGUCAAGUAUAAUUCAGUCUCCCACACAAUCUAAAAAUAACUAACAGUGUUGGGACCCUUUCAAUAAGACAGAAAAUAAAGCAGCUUACUAUGGAAAAAAACUGUAGAGGUCUGAGGCAGCGAAGUCAAGCUAAUCAGAUUUGGGAGAGAAUUUUUCCCCCACUGCACAUAUGGCUUUCAUUCAUUCAGACCUGAACAUGAGCAAGUUGUAUCCAGCAAGUCAUCCCCCUAAAAGGAAAGCGUCAAGCUGUAGUCUCUAAACUUCAGUGGCCAUCAGGGGUGCCAACUUGAAUAAAAUAUUGUGGGGCCCCAGGGAAGUCCCGCCAUGCACAAUCAACCAUGUGGCGCAGUGCACACAUCCCAUUUGUAUGGGAAUGCCCAUCAACUUUGUGGAGGGCCAGACCCCCUCAAAUAUUUUAUUGUGGGGUCCGAAGCCCCUACAGCCCCCUAGGAAUUGACUCCUCUGGUGGCCAGUAUGGCCAUAUAAUACUUCGUAUGCUGUCUCAGUUACAGUUGAGGUGAUUAAGGUACUUGACAAAUAAAGAUCAGGCAGCAGGGGGUGGCGAACAGUGAGACUGUGCCACUCACCUGACUGCUGUUUGGCUAAGUCGCUCCAGCGUAGCCAGGUGGGGAAAGGGAGCAAUGUGAUGGUAGCUGGAUUGCCAGAGACCAGACUGAGGAUUACAGCUCUGAAGAGGAAUGGCAGGAACCUUCCCCUCUUCCUGCUCCUGACCAGGAUCCUGAAGCUGCUCAGGAACAGUGGAGCAAUAUAGAUUUAGAGAAUUGGUUUGCUGAGGGACGUAGUUCAGAAAACAACAGCUGGGAAGAGCUGAGUGAGGAACAGCUAGAAGAAGCAGAACAGGAGAAGAGAGAACCGACUCCCCUUCGCUAGAGAGGGUCCAGCCUAUCUUUCCAAGGGCAGGGAGAGCAGGUAAGGUUGCUACGCCGGGGGCUCAGUGGUUGCGAGAUCAGGUUGCAAGAAGGGGAAGUGACGAUGACUCAGGGGGAAGGAGGAGGAAAACGUACAUGGGGAGCACCUCCGCUCUGAGAAUGGCUGCUGUGUUCUUUUGCUGUGAUCAUUAAACACUCUUAGAAUCAUAGAAUCAUAGAAUCAUAGAGUUGGAAGAGACCACAAGGGCCAUCGAGUCCAACCCCCUGCCAAGCAGGAAACACCAUCAGAGCACUCCUGACAUAUGGUUGUCAAGCCUCUGCUUAAAGACCUCCAAAGAAGGAGACUCCACCACACUCCUUGGCAGCAAAUUCCACUGUCGAACAGCUCUUACUGUCAGGAAGUUCUUCCUAAUGUUUAGGUGGAAUCUUCUUUCUUGUAGUUUGGAUCCAUUGCUCCGUGUCCGCUUCUCUGGAGCAGCAGAAAACAACCUUUCUCCCUCCUCUAUGUGACAUCCUUUUCUAUAUUUGAACAUGGCUAUCAUAUCACCCCUUAACCUCCUCUUCUCCAGGCUAAACAUGCCCAGCUCCCUUAGCCGUUCCUCAUAAGGCAUCGUUUCCAGGCCUUUGACCAUUUUGGUUGCCCUCUUGUGGACACGUGCCAGUUUGUCAGUGUCCUUCUUGAACUGUGGUGCCCAGAACUGGACACAGUACUCCAGGUGAGGUCUGACCAGAGCAGAAUACAGUGGCACUAUUACUUCCCUUGAUCUAGAUGCUAUACUCCUAUUGAUGCAGCCCAGAAUUGCAUUGGCUUUUAAAGCUGCCGCGUCACACUGUUGGCUCAUGUCAAGUUUGUGGUCAACCAAGACUCCUAGAUCCUUUUCACAUGUACUGCUCUCAAGCCAGGUGUCCCCCAUCUUGUAUUUGUGCCUCUCAUUUUUUUUGCCCAAGUGCAAUACUUUACAUUUCUCCCUGUUAAAAUUCAUCUUGUUUGUUUUGGCCCAGUUCUCUAAUCUGUCAAGGUCGUUUUGAAGUGUAAUCCUGUCCUCUGGGGUGUUAGCCACCCCUCCCAAUUUGGUGUCAUCUGCAAAUUUGAUCAGGAUGCCCUUGAGUCCAUCAUCCAAGUCGUUGAUAAAGAUGUUGAAUAAGACCAGGCCCAAGACAGAACCCUGUGGCACCCCACUAGUCACUCUUCUCCAGGAUGAAGAGGAACCAUUGAUGAGCACCCUUUGGGUUCGGUCAGUCAGCCAGUUACAAAUCCACUGAGUGGUAGCAUAGUCAAGACCGCAUUUUACCAGCUUCUUUACAAGAAUAUCAUGAGGCACCUUGUCAAAUGCCUUGCUGAAAUCAAGGUAGGCUACAUCCACUGCGUUCCUUCAUCUACCAGGCUUGUAAUUCUGUCAAAAAACGAGAUCAGGUUAGUCUGACAUGACUUAUUUUUCAGAAAUCCAUGCUGACUAUUGGUGAUCACAGCAUUCCUUUCUAGGUGCUCACAGACUGUUUGCUUAAUGAUCUGCUCCAGAAUCUUCCCUGGUAUUGAUGUCAGACUGACUGGGCGGUAAUUAUUUGGGUCCUCUCUUUCCCCUUUUUGAAAAUAGGGACAACAUUUGCCCUCCUCCAGUCUGCCGGGACUUCGCCUGUUCUCCAGGAAUUCUCAAAGAUGACUGCCAGUGGUUCUGAGAUCACAUCUGCCAGUUCUUUUAAUACUCUUGGAUGCAGUUGAUCUGGCCCUGGAGACUUGAAUACAUCUAAACUAGCCAAGUAUUCUUGUACUAUCUCCUUAGUUAUUCUGGGCUGUGUUUCCUUUGCUGAAUCAUUUGCUCCAAAUUCUUCAGGUCGGGCAUUGUUUUCUUUAUCGGAGAAGACUGAGGCAAAGAAGGCAUUGAGGAGUUCAGCUCUUUCUGUGUCCCCUGUUUGCAUUUCACCAUCUUCUCCUCUGAGUGACCCCACUGUUUCUUUGUUCUUCCUUUUGCUACGGACAUACCCAUAAAAGCCUUUUUUGUUGCUUUUAACCUCUCUAGCAAGCCUGAGUUCAUUCUGUGCUUUAGCUUUUCUGACUUUGUGUCUACACGUGCUGGCUAUUUGUUUGAAUUCCUCUUUGGUGGUUUCCCCCCUUUUCCAUUUUUUGUACACAUCCUUUUUUAAUCUUAACUCAGUUAAAAGUUCUUUAGAUAGCCACCCUGGCUUCUUUAGGCACCUUCCAUGUUUCUUAAACUGGUAAGAGACUCUAAUCGCUUUGUUCUGCUGAUGCAUGGCCAAAGGUGCAUCUCUGAAGCAUGGCAUGAAUGCUCACAGAACAAACACACUGAUGGAGUCAGUCCAGUGUUCCUCCUAGUGCGCUGACACCACACUAGCCUUGCCACCACUAUCCUCCUCCCCCUCUGCAGCGAUUCACCUGCAUGGAAGUCAGGUGAGCGACACAGCCCCUCCAUGUCAUCUGCUGCUACAUUCAAGUGAACAAGUGGUGGAAGUUGUGAAAGGAAAUAGCUAAUGGUCCACGGAAGCAGCGCUGUUGUUUUCAGCCUCUCUUUCAUGCUGCUUUGUAGAAUUUCGACGAUGGGGAUUCUCGCCUGGAUUCCAGUGAGUUCCUGAAGUUUGUGGAACAAAAUGAGACAGCGGUCAACAUCACCACCUACGUGAAUCAAGAGACCAACAAGCUGCUCAGGUAGCGUGGGGCAGAAAUCAAAGCGAAUGAGAUUCAAACUACAAACGGCACUUAGGUUCAUGAUUCUUUCCUCUGAUCAAAUUGGGACCCGUUCCAGAUCUAAUUAGGCCCACCCCUCCCUUACAGGAACACAAGCAAAAACAGUGUGCUGUUAGCUUGUACAUAUCACAGGGUGGUUCUAGUCAUGAUCUGGAAUCCUGCUGAUUCAAACAGUAGACAAAUCUGUCAGAAAGCUCCCGUUCUUGGCCUUUGCCGGGCAAAAAACCUUGUCACCUAUGCUUUGAAAGCAGCAAGACAAAUGGCCAAGUAUUUGAACCUAACCCUACAUUCCUGUUCUUCUGCAUUUGCCUGUAAAAGUGUUUAGUAACUGCCAGUGAUGAUUGUGGAACUUGUCAAGUUACCUGAGAAGGAAUAGUUGCUCAUGUUUAGACCAUAGGAAGAAUCAGCAGCCAUUGAAUGCCGAUAAUCUGGUGGGCUGCUUCACAUGUUCAGAAAAUCCAAGUGAAACGAUUUGACAACAUUUCAUUGUAAACAUGUUAGCCAUUCCUGCUUUGCUGUGAUGUCUUCUAGGCUGAUACUUGCAUUUUCUGUGUUUCUUGCAGGGGACUCUGCGUAGAUGCCCUCAUUGAGCUCUCAGAUGAGAAUGCUGACUGGAAGCUUAGCUUCAAUGAAUUUUUGAAAUGCCUCAAUCCAGCCUUCAACCCACCAGAAAAAAGUAGGAGCACCUUGUCUGCACAGAGAGAGACUGAGAUUCCUAAAAGAGUAGAAAGAGCAGAGAGAUUUAGGGCUGGAAAUGUGUCUCAAAAACCAGCCAGUGUCUUAUCAACCUGUCUCUGAUUAGUCAUUAAUCUUUAGUCUGCUCUAUCAUUAUCCAUAUGUUAUAAGCCACAUUUCACACUAAGCCACAGGUUUCAUUUACAGUGGUACCUCGGGUUACAGACUCCACUAAUCCAGAAGUAAUACCUCAGGUUAAGAACUUUACCUUAGGAUGAGAACAGAAAUUGCACGCCAGCGUUGCGGUGGCAGCGGGAGGUCCCAUUAGCUAAAGUGGUACCUCAGAUUAAGAACGGUUUCAGGUUAAGAACGGACCUCCGGAAUGAAUUAAGUUCGUAACCAGAGGUACCACUGUAUAUUGAGACAAUAUUCCAUUCUCUGUGAUCUUUCUAGAAUGUGCCCUGGAAGAUGAAACCUAUGAGGAUGGAGCCGAGACCCAGGUGGAGUGUAACCGUUGUGUCUGUGCCUGUGGGAAUUGGGUGUGUACUGCCAUGACCUGUGAAGGUAUGUCAACCAAGGAAAUCUCGGAUCAUUUUAGAACAAUCUUUCUUCCCCAGAGGAAAGAAAUGUGAUGUCUGGACCGUUGGCUUUUUGCUCUAAGUACUUGAAUGCAGAAGCAGUUCCAGAUCAAAAUCCCAUGAACCAUCCUUGGUCUGGGAUCAGUUAUUUUAUAACCUGGAAAUCGGAAAAAUGUUGUUUUCGUGAUAGAAGAGACCCUUCUCCCACUACCUAAUAUACUCUCAAUGUACUAUUCUGGUCACUUCAGUUCUGGGGACUACUUGGGCAUUAAUUAUUUGAAGGCAUCAAAGGACCAUGGGAAUUGGUUCAAAAUGGAGUACAGUCGUACCUUGGAAGUCGAAUGGAAUCCAUUCCAGAAGUCCGUUUGACUUCCAAAAUGUUCGGAAACCGAAGCACGGCUUCUGAUUGGCUGCAGGAAGCUCUUGCAGCCAAUUUGAAGCCCCAUCAGACAUUAGGCUUCCAAAAAUAGUUUGCAAACUGGAACAUUCACUUCUGGGUUUGCGGCUUUUGGGAGCCAAAAUGUUAGAGAACUAAGCUGUUCGAAAACCAAGGUACGACUGUAUAAAAACCUGUUCCUCUUUUACCAAAGGAACCCUCCUGCAAAAUUAGGUUACACUAUCUUAGGAGAUGGGACGCGGGUGGCACUGUGGGUUAAACCACAGAGCCUAGGACUUGCCGAUCAGAAGGUCGGUGGUUCGAAUCCCCACGACGGAGUGAGCUCCCGUUGCUUGGUCCCUGCUCCUGCCAACCUAGCAGUUCGAAAGCACGUCAAAGUGCAAGUAGAUAAAUAGGUACCGCUCCGGUGGGAAGGUAAAUGGCGUUUCCGUGCACUGCUCUGCUCUGGUUUGCCAGAAGCGGCUUAGUCAUGCUGGCCACAUGACCCGGAAGCUGUAUGCCAGCUCCCUCGGCCAAUAAAGCGAGAUGAGCGCCGCAACCCCAGAGUCGGCCACGACUGGACCUAGUGGUCAGGGGUCCCCUUUACCUUUACUAUCUUAGGAGAUGAAAACCUGUUCCUCUUUUACCAAAGGAACCCUCCUGCAAAAUUAGGUUACACUAUCUUAGGAGGAGCCCCAAUGCACAGCAAACAGAUAAACAAGCAGCUUUCCAAAUAUAUAGGACAUGUAAACAUGACUCUUAGAUUGUAAUUUGUAUCAAAAGAAAGUUCUGAAAAGCCAAAUGUCAACUUAGCACUGCCAGUUGGAAACUAGGGAGAGCGACGGAAUUUUGGUGGAAUGGGGUGAGUGGAAAGACCGAUCCCACGGUCUACUCCACAUAGAAAUAGAAAUGUCCGAUAGAAAAAUGUCCACCCUUCCAUGAGUGGAAAACAAAUAAUGGCAACACUAAUAACUUAGGUGAGCAAAAGAAGAGAGGCUGUUUGCUCUUUUGUUCUCCCUUCCAUAACAACCACAGAUGCAUUUGGUUUGACUCUGUUGAAUGACAUUAAAUUCUUGAUCUUGACCUGUGACCUCGCCUGUACCCUCAGGGUGGUCCAUUUCCCCAAGGCUGCCCAUGGCGGAUGAAGGCCCAGCAUACGCGGUCCAGGGUCCAGGGUGCAAGGCAGUUCCUUUUGAGAGCUAGAGGCCACCAUGUCUUGUGAGAAAGGAGAAAGCUCCUGAGAAACUUUGCUGUUGCAUAUGGCUGAAGGAGGUGGGAGCUCGUGCCUUUGUUCAGCCAAAGCUGAGGAGGACAUGGGUGAAUUUAAACCACUUACCCUCCAGAUCUAAGGCCAGGAGAGCAAUUGGGAAGCUUGAAGAACUGAACAGGCAGGAUAAAUAGCAGGUGCUGCAACGCUGAUGGCCAGGAGGGGGCACACAAAGCGGCAAUAAACUCUAAUCUAAUUAGAAAAUCUGCACCGCACUGCUGCCUUUGAUCAGCUUAAAAUUUGCAUGUAUUCAGCUGCCCAAACCCCAGCUCCUUUUUGAUGGUAUCUUAUUAUUAUGCGAGGAGAGUCCCUUUUAUUAUGUUUCCUCUUACUGAUCCCUUUAUAAGGGGGAGAACUCCAGCUCUUUUAUGUUUUAGUCUUGUAACCGUUCCUUCUGCCUCUCUUUGAAUCUCACUACAUGCCAGGCAUAAAACUGAUUAUCUGCCUUCCCUUCAUCAUGUACUUUUACCUCUCAGUCUUUGACUGACCCAUUCAAUUUUCUCACUAACUGCUGCUGAAAAAGGCUGGUCUAACAGGAUGACAGGCUGCCAUGAUGAGCUCAUCAGCGAGAAUUUUAAGUGGCUGCACCAAGUAGUAAGCAAUUGCACCAAGUGGAAAACAGGGUCUAGUAGCGUGCUACUGUUUUACCUGAAGAUUGCCCCAAGCUUGGGGAGGUUGUGUGAAUGGUUGCAAGAUACUUACCAAGGGGGUGGGGAUGAGGGAAGAGAAUGAGACAAAUUGGUUUCAUCAUUAGUUCUUGGGUACAUUAAGGAAGUUCAUUUCAGUAUUCUUGCUGCUUACCCCAGGGUUCUGCAGCUCCUGCAAAGACCACGAGUGGGCAGUUGGAAUUGGGUUUUUGCAAAGGUUAGACUAAUUUGGUGUGUCUAUGAAUUUCACCAUGAACAUCUCUAUGAUAGGAUAUGUAUGGAGAUAUUUCUAAGCCAACUCCUUUCUCCUUGCUAGUAUUCAACCUCAGUGGUUUCUGUCUUCUGGUCAACAAAGCCAACACUUUGUGUUAAAUUUGAUGUGGUGGUAGAAUUUGCUCUGAUCCUGUGACAGUUGUGUAAUCCACUUAUCCUUGUAGGCAAGAACCAAAAAGUGCCUUCUGAAGGGCAGCAGCCUGAAGAUAAGAUGACUGAAGAAGAACUGGCCAGAUAUGUUCAGGAGCUGCAAAAGCACCAGGUUGGAAGGGGACUGUAGAGAUUUCUUUGCCUUACAAACACGCUGGCUAUAUAUUUAUUUCUAUAGGUCUUUCUGCUGAACAGCUAUAAGAUUCUGUACCUAUUGGAGGCUGCUGAGAAUAACUAGGGAUACAACAGAACUCCAGCCAGUUUUGUUUUAGUGACUUGCCUGGUCACCAAAGUCAAGAAGGAAUUUUAUGCAGGCAAAUGGACAGAACCCCUUGCCCUGAUCCUGGGUCCGCACUAGAGCUUUAACACAUACACGAGUCACUGUUUACAUGUGUACAUUUGUGCACCUUUGUCCACACAUAAGCACUUCCGGUUUUAUGACUCCAAAAUCCAUUUUGAUGUAUCUUGUCAACACUAGUGUGCAGUGCUUGAUGGGAUGUAUUUGUGUUGUGUUUUAUAAUUAUAAUUAUUAAUACUACUACUACUACUAUUAUUUAUUAAAUUUGUAUACCAUCCUUCCCCUGAAGAUAACAAGGCAUUUCACAAUAUAAAAAAGAGAACCCAAAAUGCAUAAUAAAACAAAAACAGGAACAAACCAAUAUUUCACAAACACAUUUAAAUGGCCGUUGAAUGUUCAGUCAGCCUAAGCCUAAGAGAAACAUUUUCACCUGGUGCCUAAAUAUAUGUAAUGAAGGUGCCCGGGGAGCCUCUCUGGGGACAGCAUCCCACAAAUCAAGUGGCCCUGAGUACUAGUGUUACAAGAGAGAGGAAAACUUCCCUCAAGGGGGCCUUUGCAGAUGGUUCAUUAUUGUUGUUUAGUCAUUUAGUCGUGUCCGACUCUUCGUGACCCCCUGGACCAGAGCACGCCAGGCCCUCCUGUCUUCCACUGCCUCCCUCAGUUUAGUCAAACUCAUGCUGGUCGCUUCGAGAACACUAUCCAACCAUCUCGUUCUCCAUUGUCUCCUUCUCCUUGGGCCCUCCAUCUUUCCCAACAUCAGGGUCUUUUCCAGGGAGUCUUCUCUUCUCAUGAGGUGGCCAAAGUAUUGGAGCCUCAGCUUCACGAUCUGUCCUUCCAGUGAGCACUCAGGGCUGAUUUCCUUAAGAAUGUUAAGCAGAAAAAGGUUGCUGACCCCUGACAUAGACAAAUACUCAAAUCAGAAGUGUGAUUCUGGGUCCUAAUACAACAGUUCUGGAACGGAAACAUUUUGAAAAUUUGUUCCAGCUCCCUAUUUAGCAUGUUUUCAUCCCAGACAGAUCUUAGUGAGGUGGGGGAAGAACUGUGUCCUGUGGUUAAUAUAAGAACUGAGUAUAUAAAGCGGACCAGAUAAGUAGGUUUUUCUUUCUGUGGGCCCCCUAUCCUGGCACCAGCUUGUGAAAUCACAGUGCAAGCGUUAGAUUUCUCUCCUUUUCCUUUCCAGGAGACAUCUGAGAAGACCAAGCGAACGGCCACCAAAGAGAUGUAAGCGAAGCACGCAAGUGGAAGAUGCCCGAAGCCGGUGUGUGUCGCCUGACUCACCCACCCGUCUUCCUUCAGUGCUGAUUUCAAUAUGCAAAUGUGUGUAGGACUUGUUGCCCAGUCACAGAUAUUUACAUUGUAUAGCAAUGGGAGGGGGGGGCAAAGAAAAAGAUAGGUUCUUUUAAAAUUUAAGAGAAACCCCUCUGUAUCAUGGUUGUUGUUUUUUUUACAAUGAGGAAAGGAACUGAACUGAGGGCAUUAGUGAGGACCACAAAUAAUUCCAUCUCUGGCACUUAGGGCGUGGCAUCCCUGAGCUCCUAUCCUGUGUGGGAUCUUGCUGCCUCUCUUGAGUUUUGCUGACAGCCUAAAAGCUACUACCAUAACUGCAGGGACUUGGAAAGGAAGUGCCUAUGGCGAAGCAUAUAUUCCAUGGGAUAUUGCUAUGCCUCACGAUCUUGAUAACUGGCUUUUCUGUUUUCACACAUGAACAACUUUCACCCCGUCCUCCCUUUCCUGUCCAUACUCUGCUCCCAAAGAGUAUCUGGCCGUUCAGACUGGUUUACUGUGCCUGUGUAAGGGGGUUCCUGGUGAACACAGACCAAAUCUCUGCCAGAAGCCAGACAGCCCACUGCAUUGAGUUCCAAAGUGACCUCAUUUUCUUCCCCUCUCUCUUUGCAAAGGUGCUACAGUAUAUUUUCUUAUCACACUCUUACACUGAUUCUUUUUUUUAAGUAAUGACUUUUAACUGAGCUUUUUGUAUCUUUGAUUUAUAGAUAUUGUUUAUAGUUACUGAAAAAUGCUGUACUUCUGGUUCGUGCUUUGUAUUAUAGCUGCAUGUAUCAAAGAAGUCAAAUCGGUGCAGCCCAAAGAGGGGCUCAGAGCAUAUGGGGCCCUUCUGGAUUUGAUAUUUCAGCAUCCUUUAUGGUAAAGAGCCUUCUUUCGUGCAUGAAUAGAGCUGGAUGGGGUUUUCAAAGGAGACCCUGUCUCCCACAGGGUCAAUUCUUCAAGGAAGGGGAGGGGGAGAAUUAUUCGCUUCAGGAAGAAUUGAAGGCCAAUCCUGUUACAUUAAAUGGAAGGAAAUAUUAUGUCGGGCAAACACGUAUAAGUUCUCCUCAUGCUAUGGAAGCAAUUUUGGAACUGCAAUCACUAAGAUGUGUAAGUUCCCGGUGCUUCUUUACUUAGGGACUGGUUCUGUGACUCUUGCACAGCUGGGAUAUCCAAGCAGGUUGCUGACCUGAGUGCUGACACAACUUUUCCCAUGCAGUGAAAGGAAAGAACCUCCAGCAAAGGAGGGAAGGAAAACACCAAGUAAAGGAAGGAGAAUAUGCAAACCCAUCAAUACAUUGCAUUUGUUGGUGUGAUGCCAGAGACUGUUCCAUGCUAUUUAGGAAUUUUGGCAAUAAAAUCAGGGGACUCAAUCUCCCCACAGUGGUAUAGUAAACAUCAGAAGCGUUGUU